UAUUGAUUCAUUAAGUUAAUUAGGGCCAUAUAAACACUCAAAAAUAAGUGCACUUAUCCUUUAUGCUUCUUGCUGCCAUUCUCUCAAAACACAUUUGCUACCUUCCUUACUCAUCCAACUUCAUUCUUAUAAUCUUAUGGAGUUAGAAAAUCAAACAAUUCAUGUGUUGAUGGUAGCAUUUGCAUCCCAAGGUCACAUCAACCCCUUUCUUAGGCUAGGAAAACACUUACAAACCAAAGGCCUUCAUGUCACUCUUGCAACCACUGAGACUUUCCGCCACCGUAUAAUCAAGCACCACCAUACGGACAUCGGCACCACCACCAUCACUGACGAGAUCCCCGCAAUUUCGGGGAUCGAUAUCGUGUUCUUUUCCGAUGGGCUUAGUCUAGAGUAUGACAGGAAGAACAACCUAGAUAUAUACAUGGACACACUAGCCAAAGCUGGUCCAAUACAUUUAACAAACCUUAUUACAUCCCUAGCUUGUGACAAUAUUAGGCCUAAAAAAUUCUCAUGCAUAAUCAACAAUCCUUUUGUUCCAUGGGUUGCUGAUGUUGCAAGCCAAGUAGGAAUACCAUGUAGCAUGCUGUGGAUUCAACCUUGUACACUCUUUGCAAUCUAUCAUAGCUUCUAUAAUAAUGCUCAUGAUUUUCCUACAAAAGAAGACCCUAAGAAGAGCGUGCAAUUACCAGGCUUACCAUUGUUACAAACUUGUGAUCUUCCUUCUUUUGUGCUCCCUAAUAGUCCUUUUGGGAGUAUAACAAAAGCAUUUUUUGAAGCCUUGAAAAACAUCCAUAAAUUAAGGUGGGUUUUGGCUAAUUCUUUCUAUGAGCUUGAAAAAGAAGUGAUUGAUUCUAUGUCUAAAUUCGUCAUGAUUAAGGCCGUUGGUCCAUUAGUCCCAUUGAAACUCUUAGGCCAAGAUCAUGAAGUUCGCGAUUUUGUAGGAAUAGAUAUGUGGAAAGCCGAUGAUCAAUGCAUCGAGUGGCUUAAUCAAAAGGAGCCUAAUUCUGUUAUUUACGUGUCGUUUGGUAGUUUAGUAGUCCUUUCGAAGAAACAAAUGGAGAGUAUUGCAAUCGCGUUGAAGAAGAGUAAGAGGUCAUUUCUUUGGGUGGUGAAACCUUCCAAUUAUCCUGUACCAGAAGGUGCAGGAGAAUUACCUGAGGGAUUCUUGAAUGAAACUAAGGAACAUGGGGUAGUUGUACCUUGGUGUCACCAAAGUUUGGUUUUGUCACAUAAAUCUAUUGCUUGUUUUUUAACACAUUGUGGGUGGAAUUCUAUGUUGGAGACUAUUAGUGUUGGAGUUCCUAUCAUUGCUUAUCCUCUGUGGACUGAUCAGCCAACAAAUGCUAAGCUUAUGGUUGAGGUUUUAGGUGUUGGGAUUAGAUUGUGGCCUAAUGAUGAAGGGGAUGUUAAAAGUGAGACUAUUGGGGAGUGCAUCAAGGACAUCAUGGAUGGUCCACAAGCAACGGAGAUUCGGGCCAAGGCAGCACGGUGGAAGGACACCGCUAGGGGUGCGGUGGCCGGUGGCGGCUCAUCGGAUCGGAAUGUUCAAGAGUUCAUUGAUGAUAUCAUUAGGACUUCCUCUUGUAUAGAAUGUAAUGUGAAUUCUUCUUCUAUGGAAAGCCAAAGUGUUUGAGAAUAAAGGUUUAAAUUGUAUGUUGUAGA